GGUGAGGAGACACUAACGUCAGCACGUGCGUCUUCGGUAGUCUCUUUCCACCUACUGUUCCCUCCUUAAAAUGCUCCGCUCAUCCGACAGUUCCGUCAUCGUCUCGGUGCAGUGAGCGAGAUCGAGCUCGAGCUAGACGACGGCGGCGGCAAUGGCGACGACGACGGUGAGGAGGAUCAAGCUGGGGUCACAGGGCCUGGAGGUCUCCGCGCAGGGGCUGGGCUGCAUGGGCAUGUCCUCCUUCUACGGGCCCCCCAAGCCCGACCCCGACAUGAUCGCCCUCAUCCACCACGCCGUCGGCUCCGGCGUCACCUUCCUCGACACCUCCGACAUCUACGGCCCCCACACCAACGAAGUCCUCCUCGGAAAGGCGCUGAAGGGAGGGGUGAGACAGAAGGUGGAGUUAGCGACCAAGUAUGGGAUCAGCUUCGCGGACGGGAAGAGGGAGGUCCGGGGCGAUCCGGCGUACGUGAGGGCGGCUUGCGAGGCUAGCUUGAAGCGGCUCGAUGUCGAUUGCAUCGACCUAUACUACCAACACCGUAUCGAUACCCGCAUCCCCAUCGAAGUCACUAUUGGAGAGCUAAAGAAGCUCGUUGAAGAGGGUAAAAUCAAGUACAUCGGUUUAUCCGAGGCCUCUGCGCCAACAAUCAGAAGAGCACAUGCUGUUCAUCCCAUCACAGCGGUGCAAUUGGAGUGGUCGCUGUGGUCGAGAGAUGUGGAGGCAGAGAUCGUUCCCACAUGCAGGGAGCUUGGCAUUGGAAUUGUUGCGUACAGUCCUCUAGGACGGGGAUUCUUUUCUGUUGGCUCCAAGCUGUUGGAGAAUCUCUCCAAAAAUGACAUAAGACAGUCCAUACCAAGGUUCCAGCCAGAGAACUUCGCUCACAAUGCGAAGCUAUUCGACCAAGUGAAUGAAAUUGCGCAAAGAAAGAGAUGCACCCCGUCGCAGUUAGCCAUCGCCUGGGUACACCACCAGGGUGACGACGUCUGCCCGAUUCCCGGCACGACCAAGAUUGAGAAUUUCAACCAGAACAUUGGAGCUCUGUCCGUAAAGCUUACACCUGAAGAAAUGGCCGAGCUGGAAUUGAUUGCUUCUGCGGACAAUGUCAAGGGUGGCAGGUACCCAAGCAGCGUGCCUACGUGGGAAAACUCUGAUACUCCACCCCUUUCUUCAUGGAAAGCUGGUAAAAUCAAAUACAUCGGUUUAUCCGAGGCCUCAGCGUCAACAAUCAGGAGAGCACAUGCUGUUCGUCCCAUCACGGCAGCGCAAUUGGAGUGGUCGCUGUGGACCAGAGAUGUGGAGGCAGAGAUCGUUCCCACAUGCAGGGAGCCUGGCAUUGGAAUUGUUGCGUACAGUCCUUUAGGUCGAGGAUUCUUUUCCGUUGGUUCCAAGAUUUUGGAGAAUUUCGCUGGGGAUGACUUUAGAGGGUCCAUACCAAGGUUCCAGCCAGAGAACUUGGCUCACAAUGCGAAGCUAUUCGACCGAGUGAAUGAAAUUGCGCAAAGAAAGGGAUGCACCCCGUCGCAGUUAGCCCUUGCCUGGGUACACCUGCAGGGGGACAACGUCUGUCCGAUUCCCGGCAUGACCAAGAUCGAGAAUUUCAACGGGAACAUUGGAGCUCUGUCCAAGAAGCUUACACCAGAAGAAAUGGCCGAGCUGGAAUCGAUUGCUUCUGCAGACAAUGUCAAGGGUGGCAAGUACAUAAGCAGCUUGCCGACGUGGGAAAACUCCGAUAUUCCACCCCUUUCUUCAUGGAAAGCUGCUUAGAAACAUGUUUGCUUCUGUAGCCGCAUCUUUCGUAUACAGUGAGCAUUUGCUGGUUGCUGUUAUAGUGUCUUGAGGCUGUGUUGUGCGUCUGUUAUAAGUACGUACUUGUCAUCCUAUAAUAAAAUGUGGACUUUAGAGAGUAACUGUUAUCAUUUUGUAUAAA